AGUUUAGCAUCCAAAUUACAGCUAUUGGGUUGGGUGGGUUUUUUAGAUAACAAACAAUAGUGGCAUGAUGACAAGUUUGGGCGUAACUCCCAGUACUUCCUUUACCCGCCAUCUUCAAUCUCCAUCAUCACUACUAACUCAUCAUUAUCAGCGGCAGCAGGUUCAACCAUUGAGUGGUGUUUGUUUGAUGAGGAGAUGCAAAAAGAGAGGGUCAUUAGUAGUGACACGUGGCGGAGCACCAGGAGCCACUACUUAUCUCUUUGCUUUCCUCUUUCCACUUUCAUUACUUGCUGUUACUAUUUUCACUUCUAUCCAGAUUUCUGAUAAACUUGACAGAGAUUUCUAUCAGGAGAUGGAAGUUAAUCAAUCAAUAUUAGAAGCAGACGAUGAAGACCUAGAUGUCGUGGUUCCAACCGAAGACGAAGAGCCUCCUCGAGCACGGACUCGCAACAGGCCAAAACGUGAAGUUGAGGUUUCGGGAAUGUAGUCCAUUUCAUAAAUGUAUUAGGGAGGAAAAAGGCUUUUGGUGUCCUAACCAAAUUUGAAUUGUUUUUCACGUAAUUAAUCUUUAUUACUUUCAUAUGAUAUAAUGCUUUAUUUAAACAUAAUUUUAUAAUAUAAUUCAGAUUAUAUGUAUAGUUUUGUGAAAAUAACUUGUUGAAAUCUUUUGAAAAUCUAAUAUAGAAGCUCUUCAGCUC